AUGGAGCGAAAUGUUUACAGUAGGGUGGCCAGAGUCUGCAAGAAAGACGUCGGUGGACGAGUGGUUCUGCGUCAGGUGUGGACGUCUUUCUUGAAAGCACGUCUGAAUUGUUCGAUAUCCGCACAGUAUCCGUAUUAUUUCGACAGAAUUCGUAAGUAUAGCUCAAAAUAUAUCCCGAAUUGGGCAGACCUUUGGAAAAAGCGGGCAGAGCACAUCACGUACAUGCUCUGCCUACAACCGCAAAACAUUGCAAAUAAUCAGAUUAUUCUAGAAGCUGUCACGAGGGUUGAAACAUCUGACGACACUCUGUUCUAUGCAACUAUGAGUACAUCAGAGACUGCAUUUGUAACUUCAGCAAUAUGUGGUAUCCCUAUUUUACCCACUCGUGAUGUGAUCUUUACCCACAUUGCUGUUGACAUACGUAGUGAGCAAAAUGUAAUUUUUGCUUUGGAUGGACGGAGUAACACAUUAUGGAAAAUUUCUCAUUGGCGCGAGGGAAACACAUGGAAAUGGACGGAGCUAGAAAGACGAACAAUAGCUGCUGGAGGACCCAUCAAAGCAAUGGCGCUCUUGCCUGGAGGUGGUAUUCCUAUCCUACCCACUCGUGAUGUGAUUUUCACCCACAUUGCUGUUGACAUACGUAGUGAGCAAAAUGUAAUUUUUGCUUUGGAUGGACGGUGGGGAAAUACGUGGAAAUGGACGGAGCUAGAAAGGCGAACAGUAGCUGCUGGAGGAUCUAUCAAAGCAAUGGCGCUCUUACCUGGAGAAUUCCUCUACUUUGCGUCACGCUCCGCUGUUAGUCAGUUCACACUUGCUGGUUGUACAAACUACCCAUCAUGUGCCCUCUGCGCUGUGGAUCCGUACUGUAGUUGGAACGUUGCCAGAUCCACAUGCUAUCCUCGGGAAAAAGCACAUGGGCAAAGCCUGGGGUGGAUCUCUUCUUGGGCUGGGCGGGGCUCAUCCGAGUGUUCAGCAUUGGCUAAGCCACGCCCACAAGCAGCGUAUCCCGGAGAUACUGUACAUUUCCAAGGAACUACUGGAGGUGUUUGGAGACGAGAUGGGAACGAAAUCGUCCCAAACAAUCGUUUUCUGUUCACCAAUAAUGGCGGCCUAAUUCUAAUGAAUGUGUCGAAAGAGGACAACGCCGACUACGAGUAUAUUGCUGGUGGAAAACAAGUAGUCAAAUAUCGACUAGUCAGGAAUGCACAAAACCGCGAUCUGUGCAAGCUUACAAAUCUUGUCAGCGAGAAUGGUGCAAGAAAGCUGACCAAUAUAAAGCGGCCUUAG